GAGAGAACAAAAAAAGAGGGAAAGGAUAUUUGAGAAGCAAAAAGCAAAGAAAGUGGCAGUGUAAAUUGUUGCGUUUAAGGGUCGCUUCGUUUUUUUAAUUCUAACUUUGCACCCCCACCACCGCCAUCACCACCACCCGAAUUUAUUUUCUUUUUUCUUUACGCCCCCAAUUUCGACGGAGCUAGGGCCUUUUUUUUCUUUUCUUUUCUUUCUCCGAUCAUGGCUUUGAGAAUCGUCUUCCUCAUCCUCCUCAUCGCCGCCAUAGCCGUCGCUUGCUUCACUCUCCCUCUCCAAAAGAUUUUGAAGGAUUUCUUGUUGUGGGUUCAUCGGGAUCUUGGUGUCUGGGGUCCGGUCGCACUAGCUGUUGCAUACAUUCCAUUGACAAUCAUGGCUGUUCCAGCCUCAAUCCUGACACUUGGGGGUGGUUACUUAUUUGGGUUGCCCAUUGGCAUUGCUGCUGAUUCUAUUGGUGCAACUGCUGGAGCUGGGGCAGCAUUUCUUCUUGGAAGAACAAUUGGGAAGUCAUUUGUUGUUUCCAAGUUGAAGGACUAUCCACAGUUUCGUUCAGUUGCAAUUGCAAUUCAUAAGUCGGGGUUUAAGAUCAUUCUGUUACUUCGGCUUGUUCCUUUGCUUCCAUUCAACAUAAUGAAUUAUCUUUUGUCUGUAACUCCUAUUUCACUAGGAAAGUACAUGUUGGCUUCCUGGUUGGGAAUGAUGCCAAUUACAGUUGCAUUAGUUUAUGUGGGAACAACUCUUAAGGAUUUAUCGGAUGUAACUCACGGAUGGAAUGAAUUUCCAAAGUCUGAUUGGGCAUUUAUCAUGCUGGGCCUUUUCGUAUCUGUGGUUCUAAUCAUUUGCAUUACAAGAGUCGCCAAGGCUGCUCUAGAUAAAGCUUUGGCUGAAAACGAGGAUUACGACGAUAUCACAUCUGGUGAGCUACCGGUUGUUGCCGAUUUUCUUGUAGAUUUAAAGCAGCCUUUGAUACUGAAGAUAGAUCCAAUUGAAGACAACCAUGAAAAAUGACAAUGAAAGCUUGUGGUUUGUUAUCUCUCUGUACAGUUCCGCGAUCUCCUUUAUGUAGAAGAAGAAGCUUGAUUUCUUUUAAUUGAGA